GGGGGGGGGAGCCGCAAAAACUUGACCUUAAAACUUACACUCACUAUUUUCUUCGAAAAUAUAUGUGAGUUCCACAAAAUGAAAACCUAUUCUAAAAACGAAUUUUCUUAAAUUAAUAUCUUUUGUAGAUAGUCAUCAUGGUGAUGAAAAUCUUGACUCUACUAUAGAAAAACAUGAUCUUAAUGAAGCAUUUCCAAGAACUGUUAUAAUAACAACAAUGAAACGAGAAACCACAUAA